ACAGGGAAGGAGAGAGACUCUGAGCACCGAGAUGGCGUCUGCAGAUCUCACCUAUGAGCUGACCUGCCCCAUCUGCCUGGAGACGUUCACCGACCCAGUGUCUCUAGAAUGUGAGCAUCACUUCUGCAGGUCCUGCAUCUCUCAGAGUUGGGACAAGGUCCCGGGAGAUGUUUCCUGCCCCCAGUGUCGGCAGGUCUUCACCCAGAGGAACAUCAGGACCGCUCGGACCCUGGGCAACAUCGUGGAGAAGUUCAGGCUGCUCAAGGUGAAGGUGACACAGCCAGAGGAGGUGUUUUACUGUCAGGAACACGAGGAGAAGCUGAAACUGUUCUGUGAAGAGGAACAGAAAGCGAUCUGUGUGGACUGCUGGAGUUCAGGACAUCAAACUCACAAAGAUCUACAUAUCAAAGAGGCUGUUCAGAAAUACAAGAACAAGUUAGAAAAAUCACUGGAGUUUCUGCAGAAGCAAAUGGACCUCAGUCUUCAAAGUAAAAGAGAAGGAGAGGAAGGGAUUUUACAGAUGAAGGCUCAAGUUGACAGUCUGAGAAAUGAAAUCAAAAGUGAAUUUGAAAAGAUGCACAAGUUCCUGUUUGGGAAGGAAGAGCUGAUGAAAGCAGAGUUGGAGCGAAAAAGCAAUAAAAUAUUGGAGGAAAUGGGGAACAAUUUAAAGAGAACCUUGGAAGAAAUGUCUGCUCUUGAAGGAACAAUAAUAGAUCUUAAAUCGAGGCUGCAGAUACAAGAGGCCCCAGAGCUCCUGAAGGACAUUCAAGUUCUUUUGAAGAGGAGUCAGAUGGAGUUUCACAAUCCUGGAGCUGCCUCUUCUCAGUUACCUGUGGAUAUAGUUGAUGAACCAUUCAAAUACAUCAAUGUGUGGAGGGAAAUGAGAGCAGUGAUUUCCCCAGUUCCAGAAUCUCUCACCCUGGACCCAGAGACAGCAAACAAUCUACUCAGCAUUUCCCAGGAUUUGACUAGUGUGAGCCUCAGAAAUGAGGAGCAAAAUCUUCCAGAUCAGCUACAGAGAUUUGAUUGCUGCUUGUGUGUUUUGAGCUCACAGAGUUUCACAUCAGGGAAAAACUACUGGGAGGUGGGUCUUGGAAAGAAGUCAGAGUGGGUUGUGGGUAUCUGCAGAGAGUCUAUCAACAGGAAAGGAAAUAUCACACUUUCACCUGAUAAUGGAUUCUGGGUCUUCGCCCAAUUGUCUGACUGCAAAUCAUUGAAAAUCCCAGAUGUCAUCUCCCAGUUGAAAGUGAAACCCCGGAAGUUGGGAGUUUACCUGGACUAUGAGGGAGGACGAGUGUCAUUUUAUGAUGUUGAGGACAUGUCUCACCUGCACACGUUCACUGACACGUUCACUGAGAAACUCUAUCCCAUCUUUAAUCCUUGUAAGACUGACACUGCUGAUGACACUGAUCCACUCAGAUUGCUCACUAGUUAACGCAGUGGGGUUAACACAGUGGGGUUAACGCAGUGGGGGCAACACAGUGAGGUUAACACAGUGAGGUUAAUACAGUGGGUUUAACACAGUGAGGUUAACACAGCGGGGUUAACACAGUGAGGUUAACACAGCGGGGUUAACACAGUGAGGUUAACACAGUGGGGUUAACACAGUGAGGUUAACACAGUGGGCUAACAUAAUGGGGCUAGCACAGCGGGGUCAACACAGUGGGGUUAACGCAGUGGGGGCAACACAGUGAGGUUAACACAGUGAGGUUAACACAGCGGGGUUAACACAGUGAGGUUAACGCAGUGGGGUUAACACAGUGAGGUUAACACAGUGGGGCUAAUAAAGUGGGGCUAACAUAAGUGGGGUUAAUACAGUGGGGUUAACACAGUGGGGCUAAUACAGUGGGGCUAACAUAAGUGGGGUUAAUACAGUGGGGUUAAGAAUGGGAUUAACACAAUGGGGUUAACACAGUGGGUUUAAGAAUGGGGUUAACACAAUGGGAUUAACACAGUGGGAUUAAGAAUGGGGUUAACACAGUGAGGUUAACACAGUGGGGUUGACACAGUGCCACACGAGCUGGGACAUGUCUGCAAGUCUUAUUAAAAAAAUUUAUUAAACUUUAUAAACUUUCAGGAAAGC